AUGGUGUUUAAUCUCCAAAUCAUAACAGCAGCGCUACUUGCUUCUUAUCCGUACCUUACUGGUGCUGUCAGUCUGGAAAGUGCGUUGUCAGGCCAACAAAAUCUCACAACAUUUACUGCCCUGUUCAAAAACCAUUCAGACAUCUUCAAGAAGCUUCCUGGGGGAAUCACUGUUGUUGCACCCAAUGAUUUUGCCUUCGAAAGACUUGGAGAUGACUGGAAGAAGUACUCCCAAGAUCUUGUCAAAGCCACCUUGAAAUAUCACAUCUUGACAGAAUCCAUCUCUAUGACUUCCAUCGAGAGAGGCGACUCUAUAUGGGCCUCAACUUUGCUGGAGGAUGCCGACUACUCCACAGUAAUGGGCGGACAGCAUCAUAUCCUGACCAAGCAGCCAGGAGGAGAGGUCGUGUUCACUUCGGGUUUUGCUACUCGGGGUACUGUGGUGGUAGAAGACCUCGCAUUUGAUGGAGGGCUUGUUCAAGUCAUUGACUCGGUAAUGCGCGUGCCGCAAACGCUUGAAGAGACGGCUCGCAACGCUUACACGGACCUGACCUCGUUCCUUGGCGCUCUAUACGCUGCCGACCUGAUCGAUGAGGUGAACAAGCUGACGGAUGUCACCAUCUUUGCCCCCCGCAACGCAGCAUUUCAGCAGCUCGCGGGCGCCUUUGAGAAGAUUGAUAAGGAAACGCUUAGAAGCAUUCUGCGUUCUCUUACCACCGCCGAAAAGCAGAGUAAAAUUCAGAUCACUCGGCACGUCAACAACAUCUACAUCAAUUCUGCCCAGAUCAUUCAGACAGACGUCCUUAUUUCCAACGGUGUCGUCCACUUGAUCGACAACGUGCUUAAUCCGGAUCGGGUUGAUGCAAAACCCAAUCUGAGCACUGUCAGCCAAACACCUAUCUACACUUUGAUUGGCGCUACACAGACCGGUACAUCGGUGCCAACCCCUUUCACAUCUUACCUGCCAUGCACGGAUGAGUGUCCGGUCACGUCGUCUGGCGCAAGUGCGACUGCCGCACCCACUGUUGCUGGGUCUUCAGACAAUGCUGCUGGUUAUUUGCCAAGGCCUACUGGGUUAACUGGACUGGGGGUGGGGUUGCCCUUUGCCCUUGGGGCUGUCAUCGUUGGACUAUCGAGCCCUCCCCCCAUUCCCCGGCCACACCUAUAUGAGUACCAACAUCCUUAUCUCGAGCCUGCUGCUGAAGAUAUCGGAGUUCCAGUUGAUGAAAACCUCGAGCCAAACGGUCGCCUCCUCACUUACGUCCAUCCUGACCAUCCUGUUCCUAAGGUCACCAGCACACUGACGACCUUCAAGCUUCCCGUUCCCAAACAUCCAUCUCCAGCAAAUGAACGGCCCAAUCCCGCAGUUGCCGCAGUACUUGAUCGGAAGUCCAGCACCAAUCCUCAGCCCGCAACCACCGUAGUCCCCAACAGCCAGCAGCUCUUCACAGCAGAUGAGAUCCACCCACCAAAACCGCUCCCAAUCCCCAAAAGAAACCACAAUAAUGAAAACGCCAUUAUCACCAUCGCAUACCCUACCCGAACAUGCAAAAUCUCCUUGCUACACACAGCAGCGGCACAGGACCAAGCCCUCCUUGCGGCUCGUGAGACAAAACCAUGGCCUCCGUCUGCAACAGAUUGGAAUACAAGCCACUGGAAGAGCUACAAGCAUAGCCCAAUUUUCCCGGUGAUUUCGGGGCUAUCGCUGGGCGUGGUGGGGUCGAUUAUCGCGUGGAUUGUGGGAUAUGUGUUGUUUAAAAUAAUCAAAGCGCUGAAGGAGAGGGUAGGUGAGGCAUGGGAGGGGAUGAGGAGUCGAUUAAGACACAGUAACGGGAGUGAUGGUCAAGAGAAUGGGAUUGAAGAAGAGGCCGUGGAGAUGCAGGCGUGGAAUGGGGAGGAGGGAGAGGAUGGGGAAGUUUGGGAGGCUUCGGGCAGAGAUGUCGAAGCUGGUAGGGGUGAGGUAUGA